AUGACGGGAAAGACCUAUGACUUCAUUGUUGUUGGUGGUGGUUUGGCAGGAAGUGUGGUUUCCAGCCGCCUGGCAGAAUCACAUCCAGAGCAACGAAUCCUGCUCAUCGAAGCUGGAUCUGAUAGAGAAAAGAACAAGAACUGGAAUCUCAAGGACGCCGCUACUGCCCCCUUACUCGUCGGAACAGAAUAUGAUUGGCAAGAUGCUACUGUUCCACAACUCGCACUGAGGAGUCGUGUUAUUUCCAGCUCUUCUGGCAAAGCUCUCGGGGGAGGAACCGUCAUAAACAGAGGAGGCUGGAUGAGAGGACAUAAACCCGACUUUGACGAUUGGGCGGAGCUAGUCAGGGACCACAGGUGGAGUUAUGACGGCCAACUACCCUACUUCAAACGGGUCGAAAAUGUGGUAGACCCAUGUACUGAUCAAGCCCAACAUGGAGUCCGAGGGCCGAUAACAGUGACUUCUGUCUCCACGACUGGAAGACAAUACCCGCUGCGCAAUGCGGUGCUGAAGGCCUGGAAGGAACUCGACAUUCAACAUAAACCGGAUGGAAAUAGUGGUGAUCCACUAGGCGUUGUUGAGUAUCACGAGAACCGCGCAAAUGGUGAUCGUCAAAUUGCGAGCUCAUGUUACUCUCUAAACGGCGUCACUGUCCUUACAAACAGUCUAGUUGCCAGAGUCAUCCUUGAGGGAACGGACGCGGGCUGUUCUUACCCUGUCCGAGCAGUUGGCGUGCGAUUGGCAGAUGGCACCGAAUACAAGGCGACAAGGGAGAUCAUUCUGUCUGCCGGUGCGUACAGAAGUCCUCAACUCCUGAUGCUUUCUGGCAUCGGCUGCAAGACCAAUCUCGCAUCUCAUGGCAUCCCUGCAAUCAUCGACUUGCCCGAAGUUGGGAAACAUCUCAAAGAUCACCCAAUGUACUCUACGUACUGGAAAUUAAGAAACCCGGAGGAACAGGGAGGACUAGUCCUUGGUUCUAAGAACCCUCUGUUUACACAGCCGCAGUUCACUACUGGAAACCCCGUCGACUGGAUCACCACGACGUCGUUGCCACUAGAAGGAUUGCGCAAGGCCGUAGAAAAGGACGAAGGCAUCGUCGAUCCGAUAUCCUCUGCCGGUUCACAACACCCACUUCUAAGGACCGAUCGAGCAUUCGUCGAAUUGUUCGUCGUCUACGCUGCCAGUAAUCCAACCGACCCUGUCAUUCCGUUCGACGGAUCUCACAUCACGGCGUCAAUAGUUGGACUGCAACCGACAUCCGAAGGCACUGUGAAACUAGCUUCAGCCAACCCUCACCAUGGCCCGUUGAUCGAUCCGCAAUACUACACGACCGAAGUUGACCGCUACGCAAUCCGCGACGCUGUACGAAGGAUCACGAAACUCUUCACCCAGACGUCGUGGAGCGAGACUAUCAUCGCCGGAGAAACCCCAUCUUAUCAAUUCCCACCCCUUCAUCACGGAAUCACCGACGACGAGAUCGAUGCUCGCAUUGCCAACUCCGCUGCCUCAUGCUACCAUUCCACAGGCACAACCAGCAUGGGUCUCGUCGUUGACGGCAAUUUGGUUGUCAAGGGCACAGAGAACCUCCGUGUCGUCGAUGCCGGUGUCAUCCCCACGACGAUUGCCGCGCACAUCCAGCACGCUGUGUAUGCAUUGGCGGAACAGGCGGCCGAUAUCAUUGCAAGCAGUAUAUAG